UCUUCAUAACCUAGGGGCAAGAUCUAACCAGUAACUAACAGCAUGGCUGUGCUCUUGGACAGCUCUUGGAGAAGGGAAAUCCAUGCAAAGAUCCAAAACAUGCUCAGUAUACGGAUUUUGACAAGUGCCUUCCUUAUUUUAACCCUCAUUCAGUUUUCAUCUGGUGCCAAUGAUCUUCAAAUCACAAAAGUAACAAGUCCAACCUCAGCUCAGCUUCAGAUCACAUGGACCUCAACCUCCAGCUCCACCUCCUAUUUCAUGCUGGAGCUCCGUGUGGUAAACAAUACAGCCAUUGCUCUUGUCAGUAGCCUUGCCACCACUACGACCAGGUCUAAAUUAGUUCAAGGUCUUCGAGCAGGAACAUUUUACAAUGUAUCAGUGAAGUCAUAUACUGUUAGUGGGGCCCUAAUUUCAGCAGCUUCAGUGCAAACGCAGACAGUGCCAGCAACACCGGUGAUUAACACUACAAAUGGGAUUUCCAGCUCUGAAAUCAGCCUAACCUGGAACACUCAGGUGGGAGUGGACUACUACUUCCUGAUGGUAUCAAUUGGAUCAGAUAGCAUUAAUAAGACUUUUACAGAUACGCUGAAUGGCACUGUGGAUGGACUCCAGCCUUCAACAGUUUACAACCUCACCCUGUAUGCUAUGAAUUCCGCAGGCCCCAGUACAGCCAGCAGGCGUGUCAGUGUUUACACAUUAACACAAGCGCCUGGAGGUAUCACGGUGACACCAGUUUCAAGCUCCACCGUCGCACUAACAUGGGGACGUGUUGACAAUGCAUUGAUGUAUGGAAUUUUCGUUUAUGAGGCAGGACCUACCAACAAUCUGCUAUACAUCAUGAAAACAACAACAGUCACUAUCACACUGAAUAAUCUGCAGCCCUGUACAAAAUAUGUAUUUGAUAUUGCCUCAUACAAUUGGUUUUAUGUCAUUGGAGGGAAAACUGAAGUGCUAUACAAGUAUGGAAAUCUGGACCCCCCACAAGGUGUUACCAUACAGUAUUCCAGUUACAUGCAAUCUGCCCUCAUAUCCUGGGUGCCCAGUACUGCAGCUUCAAUAUAUGUUGCCACAGCCACAUCAGAUAAGGGUCAUGUGGCCUCUUGUAAUACAUCCACUACCAGCUGUGAAAUUCAAGAUCUCCGCUGUGAACAAACAUAUGUGGUGAGUGUGAUGGCGGAGACUGGGACCUGCUACAGCAACAGCAGCAAGCAAAGCACAGUUCAAACAGCCCAUUGUGCUCCACAAAAUAUCACAGUGACGGAUGACUGCCAGGUAAACACCAUUAUGUUGCAGUGGAGUCCAACUGUUAAUGCUGUACAAUACACUGCCUUUGCCAUAACUCCAGAUCAGCACAAACUUGAGUGCAGAAAUGUUGUACCUAACUGCUUCUUUAUAAACCUUUUGUGUGGGACGGAGUACGAAAUGAGUGUAAUGGCAAACUAUGCCACAACAAAUAGCUGCAGGAGCCAUGGGAUCAUAGCAAGAACAGCACCUUGUGACCCUGUUAAUGUGAUUGCUGUUCCCAACUGCAAUAACAGUGUCCUAGAUGUGUCAUGGGACCAAUCGAAUGGAGCUACCACCUACAUGGCGGUUGCUCAGGGAAGCAGUGGAUUUACCUACAACUGUUCAUCUGUGAGCACCAGCUGCCAAAUUACAGGAGUACAAUGUGGAGACAGUGUGUCAGUGACUGUCAUCGCUUCUGAUAAUUACUGCUCCAGCUGGAGCAGCUCCACGGAUGAAAUUGUAACAGCCCCAUGUGCACCAGCAUUUAUUACUACUGAAACUGACUGUAAAGGUGGUACCACUUCAGUUCAAUGGAUGUACAGUGAAGGGGCCCUUUUGUAUACUGCUCGUGCCGUCAGUGCCAUUGACAACGCAGAAUAUUCCUGUCAAUCCAGCGCCCUGCUCUGCACCCUUAAUGAUUUACCUUGUGGCGAGAUGUUCACUGUAUCUGUGAAAGCUACCAACUUUCAGUGUGACAGUGGUUACAGCCAAGAAGUGGAGAUCUUCUCGGUCCCAUGCACUCCAAGCAGUGUUUAUUCUGAACUUAACUGCGCUCUGAACACAGUCCUCGUUAAAUGGUCAGAUUACUCCAUAAAUGCAACAUACACUGCAACCAUAGAAGAAAAGGGUAUUGGUUUUCACAGCUGCACCACCCAGGGAAGUUAUUGUGAAGUCCAUGAUCUCAGUUGUGGGCAGAAUUAUUCUGUAUCUGUGAAGGCAGACAAUGGUCAUUGUACAUCUUCUUCCAACUGGACAGAUUCAUCUUUUACAGCCCCUUGCAAACCUACCCAAAUAAAAGCCAACAGUAUCUGCUAUAACAACAGCAUGCAGAUGACCUGGUCUAAAAACCAAGCUUUUGGCAUAGAUAUGUAUUUAGUUCAGAUGCAAAGUUCUAGCGGACAACAAAUUGCCUGCCAGUCAACAUCAGAAGUCUGUAUUGCUGAAGGUAUUCAGUGUGGAACAAUAUAUGAAGUCACAGUCACAGCUGUGAGUGAUAACUGCGAGAGCAUUUCGAGCAUAAUAUAUACGGAUCAAGUACCAUGUUCUCCUAAACAGCUAACCGACACUGUCGCUCCUGAUCUUGUGGUUCUGAACUGGAAUAGUGUACCUGGAGCUUUGAAUUACACCACCGAGGUAUCAGAUGGUGUUAUAGAGAGGCAUAACUGCAACACUAUAAAUACAUCAUGUUCAAUGAUGGAUCUCCUUUGUGGCCACCAGUAUAGCAUGUUAGUAACAGCUUUUGGUCAGCAGUGCAGCAAUGUGAGCAAUACUCAUCAGUUUCAAACAGCUCCUUGUGUCCCUCAAAAUGUUCUCGCAAAUUUGGAUUGCGUAACUAAUGUUGCAACCAUAUCAUGGAACAGCAGCCUUGGUGCUAAUAAUUACACCACGAUAGCAAAGGGAACUGAUGGACAAACAUAUUUUUGCAACUCCACAAGCACUUCCUGUGUCAUUGUUGGCUUAAAGUGUGGCUACUCAUAUCAGGUGACUGUGGAAGCAACCAAUGAAAAGUCAAAGAGUGGGCCCAGUAUUCCGGUUCCUAUUGUAACUGCUCCCUGUGUUCCUGUGCUAAACGCCCCACAACUGAACUGCAAUAAUACAGUCUCUUUAUCUUGGGGCACAACACUAGGUGCCAAUAAUUAUAUCUCAAAUGUUACUGCACCUCAGGGACAACCGCUAUCCUGUGCUACAUCAAAUACAGGUUGCACAGUUAGCAGCCUGCAGUGUGGGCAAGUAUACAAUGUGACCAUGACAGCUUUGAAUGCUCAGUGCAGUAGCCCUGCAAGUUCUCCAUUCUCCUUUACAACUGCUCCAUGUAUCCCACAGAAUGUUGUGACUAAGCUAGAUUGUAUAACCGGUGUGGCAACAGUGUCAUGGGACAGCGCUGCAGGUGCAGAACUCUACACUGCUAAUGUUGUUUGGGGCAACGAGGACCCUCACAGUUGCAAUACCAGCAGUGUAUCCUGUGAUAUCAGUGGGCUAAGCUGUGGGAAAGUGUAUACAGCAACUGUCACAGCAGCAAACGAGAAAUGCAAGAGUAAGCCAAGCUCAGAAGUACAAAUACAGACAGCGCCCUGUACUCCUGAGCAACAGCCUCCGCAACUUAACUGUGAAACCAACAUGGCAACCUUAUUUUGGGGCAAAACGUUAGGUGCAUCUCAAUAUGUCUCCAACGUCACUGCACCAGGAGAACAAGCUCUCUCUUGUGCAACAGAAAACAUCAACUGCACAAUCAGUGGGCUUAAGUGUGGCCUGUUAUACAACGCAACAGUUACUGCAAUCAACAAUCAGUGCAGAGGCCCAGAAAGUACCACAACAACAUUUAUAACUGUUCCCUGCCAGCCUCAGAACUUCACUGCAGCAAUGAAUUGCACCAGCUCCAUCGCCCAGUUAAAGUGGAAUGAGGCUGCUGGAGCUUUGGGCUAUACAUCAAUACUGAAGGCACCUGGAGGAGACAAGCAUAUCUGUAACAGCACCACAGUUCACUGUGAAGUUGGCAACCUGCAGUGCGGACAGCUUUACACAGUAUUUGUGAAAGCACACAAUCUGCAGUGUGAUAGCACACCUAGUGCUCCGGCACAGCUACACUCAGUCCCAUGUGUCCCUAGUAAUGUGCAGACACAGGUCAACUGUGACUCUGAUUUAGCAACUCUGUCUUGGGGUGCGACCAACGGUGCUGUCAAUUACUCAGCAAGAGUGAUUGGUCCUCAGAAUGAAGAACAUUUCUUCCAAGGAGCAGAUCUAUUGUGUAGUUUCCCAAAGCUAUCCUGUGGUGUGGAGUACAAUGCUACCGUUUCUGCUGUGGGAGACACAUGUAACAGUGAUACCACUGCGCCAUUGACCUUUGAAACUGUACCGUGUGCAGCUACAGAAUUAAAUAUGUUGUAUGAGUGCAAUAAGGAUACGGCAAAUCUCAGCUGGGCAUCGACUCCUGGAGCAAUAAUGUAUUCAGCUUCUGUCAGUACACAGGAUGGGAUGACUCUGUACUGCAACACAACAAGCACAAGUUGUGUAGUUAGUGGCAUAAAAUGCGGGCAGAGAUACACAAUGGCAGUGGAAUCCUUUGGCAUUACAUGCAACAGUAAAGCCAUCUCACCAAACCAAUUCCCAACAGCUCCCUGCAUUCCACAGAAUGCCACCUCAACCAUUAACUGCCAGGACAACAGUGCAGUUCUGUCUUGGAGCACAGCACCUGGAGCUAUGAAUUAUACCUCAUUGGUAACAGGGCCAAAUGGAGAGAGUCAUACUUGCCAAACCAACUCCACCACUUGUAAUAUCUCUGCUUUGACCUGUGGUUUCACGUAUAAUGUUACUGUAACCGCUUUCAGUGCCCAGUGUAAGAGUGAAAACAGCAAAGUUGUUCCUAUUGUCACAGCCCCAUGUGCCCCAGAAAAUGUAAAUGUAGGGACAGACUGUGCUCUAAGCACUGUAACGCUUUCUUGGGGUGAAGUGGCCAGUGCUCAGAGUUUUAUAUCUCAUUUAAAUGGACCAGAUAACUGGAUGAAAACUUGCUCUAACACACUGCCAACCUGUAACAUUACUGGCCUACCUUGUGGACUGGAAUUCUCUGCAACCAUAGCUGCGGCUAAUAGCCAAUGCAUUGGGCCUUUGAGCAAUCCUGUCAAGGUUAUAAGUGCACCUUGCAUGCCAGUCAAUGUUUACACAUCUGUUGAAUGUACGGAGAACUCAGUUGAUAUAUUCUGGGAUCGCUCAAAUGGAUCAGUAAGUUACUCAUCAACAGUGUUAGGAGCCGGGGGCCAGCGUUAUCACUGCAGCAGUGAGGAUCUGUCUUGCAGAGUGCCAAAGCUUCAUUGUGGUGAAGUGUAUUCUGUUAUAGUCUUUGCCGAGAAUGAUGUUUGUAGCAGUCAACCAAGUCACAUGAUUGAGUUCCCUACAUCACCCUGCACCCCAGUUAAUUUAGUAGCCCAGGCCUCCAUUAAUCUUGUGGUUUUAUCAUGGGCGUUGACUCCUGGAGCUCUGAAUUAUACUACCCAAGUAACAGGAAUUAAUGGAGAUAAGCACGUAUGCAGCACAUCAAACACAAGCUGUUCAUUGCAAGGGCUCCUGUGUGGUCAAAACUACAAUAUGUCUGUAACAGCCAUUGGUCCUCUGUGCAGCAACAUCAGUGAUCUUCAUGAGUUUCAAACUGGUCCCUGUACCCCAGUAAAUGUGAUUGCUGAGAUAGACUGUGUAUCUAACACUGGGCUAGUUUCCUGGGACAGCAGUCCUGGCGCUGAGAAUUACAAGGCAAUAGCAAAUGGGACAGCUCAAGACAUUCAUACAUGCAAUUCAACCAGCACAUCCUGUGACUUCAUUGGCUUAAAAUGCGGGACUACUUAUUCUGUUGUUAUAAUAGCAGCCAAUGAGAAAUCCAACAGCGAGUCAAGUUCCCCCGUGCAAUUAAACACAGGCAAGUGUUGUUUUAAGGAAUAA